CACUCAAAUUACACUCGUUUGCUUUGUCAUCGAAUAGAAUGGUUUAAUUUAAGUUUCACGGCUCGACAUUCCUAUAGAAUUCGUCGACAAAUAUAGUCUCGGUGUCGCAAACUCAGCAUACGUUCCGAAAACGGGAUUGUGAAAAAUUUCAUAAGCGAAACCAGAGCUGGAUGGGCUCAAAUGAAGAUCUGCCUCUUUGAACAAAAUGUAGAGUAAGUUCUCUACACAGAUUUUUCUUUUGACAUAAGUUGACAUAUUUUCUUCCUAAUGCAUUGUUUCUCUCCUUUUUUUUUUUCGAAUUUCCUAAUUGUUUGUGUAGUAUAUCCAAUACUCAAAGAAUAAAGAGUCAAACAAGAACACGAAUCUUGGGUUCUCUAAUAUUUUCCACCGCUCUGAAUUGUUGCAAGGGCCAUGUGGAAGGAGAAAAAAGGUGGUGGACGGUAAAUAGAAUGGUCGAGUGAAACUCGAUUGGAUUCCAAGACCAGAAAGCUCUGGGAGGACCAGUCCGCCACAUGGAUACUAAUUACAGAGCAAACAUCAGCAAGUGGCUGCCGCCUCCUGGUGGCAUCCUGGUGAAAUGGUUCGCAGAGUCCUCGACGCUUAACGAGAGAAUGGGCAACCUCGUGGAACGCAUAGCCUUAAUCAUCCAGGACAUUACAGACGCACAGGCUUGUGAUCUCGAGGGGUACAAAGGUGUCGCAAAGGACCUGGAGGAAGUGACCAAACAGUACACGUCGGUCUGCUCGGUUACCCUCAGCAAGCAUCCGAUAUACAAGUACAAGAUGCGCCAUUUUCUGACUGCGUUGAAGCGAAAGGUGAACGUGCUGGCCAGAUUCACUCGCAAUCUAAUCACAGAGAUCGUCGAUUGCAAGAGCGAGGAGCUGCUCAGAGUCGUCUUCAGAUUAGUCAACAUUUACAACGACAUUCUGGACAUGGACAUCGACGUCUCAGAUCCAUCAACAACCGUGUUCCAUAAUGACAGUCCUUACAUGCUGGAACCACUGAAGAAGGUGUCCGUCACGCGAAUAUUGCAGAUUCUGGCGAAAAAUAGAGCGGAGGAGUCCUGUCACGAGCUAAUCGAUUGCCUCCUAGCGAAUUACGAGCCUCGCGAAAAAGAUGAUCCUGGCGAGGCUGGUGACGGGGAGGCUUCAGAGAAUUCCAGCGUCGAGAUCUAUCGAGCCCUCACGAGACACUUAACGCCGCCAGUCGAGAGCACCUCGUCGAGGGUCGAGAUGGAGAUGUCGAACGUCGAAAGCAUCCAGACUCUGGUCAACACUCAGAACGAGCAAGUCCUCAGGCUUUUAAGCGUCGUGCAGGACGUUUCGCCGCGGCUGUUGGGCAACGACGCGCUGAGGACCGUCAAAGAUGGCGGCAAGACGAAACUAAGGAGCAGCGCGAUAAAGAAGGUGAAGAAUUACUACCAAGAGGUUGCCUGGGGCGCGUUGUCCGGCAUCUUGGACCACGUGAUCCUUUGGUGGUCCCCGGAAGCACUGGCCACUCAUCACAGCCACGGGGCGCAGCAUCUAAAGGAUUGGCUCAGUCAGUUCGUUCAAAGAAACCCUGUCCCUCCAACCGUGAGACCAGCGCUGCAAAAUCUCUGCGACGCUCUAGGCUACCAUGCCACGAUCACAGCCUGGGACCAGCUCUUCAGGUUGGCUUACACUUCGGCGUUUCAGUGCCAGUCGGGUGCUUCGUCCUCGGAGGGUAGCGACACUGGCCAGAAAUUCGCGGAGUUGUUCCAGCUGUUGGUCAGGCUGAGCAACGAGUGCGAGGCAGGUGGCGAGUGGGUGAUAGGCGCACCGUUGAUGGAGUUGCCUCUGUCGGAACAGAUUGUGGUUCUCCAUCGUUUGGACCACUCGGUGCACACGGUGAGGCUGUGGAUCUUGCAAGAGGCGAAGAUCAUUGCUCACACGUGGGAGCUGGACGUGUUCUUCCUCCUGGUCAAGGGUGACAUCGUAAACUGCCUCGAGGAGCUAUCCUAUUUAAAGUUAGCUGACCACACGAAUGCGCUGUCCGCGGACUCCGUCAGCGUUCAAGUGUACGUCUGCGGGAAAAUGAGAGCAAAAAUUGUGUCCGAGGUCAACGCUAACAUAGAUCUCCUGCGGAAGUGUUCCACGCAGUGUACAACGAUUCUCGCGAAAAUCUGUCGCGUGGUCAGUCUGGCGAACCUGCACAUGUGCUUUCCACGGUCGAGCUACUGGAGGAAAGGAAGCGACGUUGCUCCACUCGCCGCCAGUCUCUACGUGGAAGUCUAUUUCGAAAAAGUGCUGCUCCCAGUGCUGGAAGUCAUCGAGGAUCACGAGACAUCCAACAUGAUCUUGAGAAUCAUGUGCGAAGCUUGGCUCGAUUACAUAUAUCUGCAUCGAAUUAAAUUCAGCAAGUACGGAGCACUCCAGUUGCUAACAGACUUCGCCUACGUGUCGCAGUGGGUGACGAGCUGCACGAUAAUCUCUCAAGACGUACGAAAUCGUCUCCUGAAGAACGAAGUCCUGCGACGCUGCGAGGGCGUGGGACGCCUGCUGCUGCGACACCCUGGCGAGGCUAUUUCUAUGCGCAAACGAUUGACCAGGAGAACCAACGAGCGUGGCUCGCCCGAAUCGCCUGGACUGGAACGCAUGCCAGCGGAGAUGUACGUUCCGAAUCAGGAACAGUGGCUGGAGCUUCGCGCUCCCAGGAGAUACAUCUUUUGUUGCACGGAGUGAAGAGGAGGAGAAACAUUGGCGAAUACGAUAAAAGAACCAACGGGAAAAGAAACGGCGUAAACGAGGAGCGACGGAUGUCAGAGGGUGUCAUUGUUUCGCGCGAUAUUUUAAAUAGGAUUCUUUUCAAACGCCACAAGUGUGUCUCGCGUGAAUGGGCGGGGAUGUGGCUUCAGGUAACUCUAAACCAGACUCGUUUCCAUAAGAUGACACACUUCAAACCCUCCAACCGAAGCCUAAGCCCAGUCCGUCUCGAUCGCGACUCGCCGAUGAAAUCUGUAGAGGAAGGA